AUGAACAAUUCUGCGGAGCAGUUGGAUGGGCAGGGAUAUGGGAAUUUGUUGAAACUAUUCUGGAUGUUCGCCAAGAACCUGAUGUCACUUAAAUUAGGCAACACAUCAUACACUAAAUUGUACCUAAAAGAGAUAAUUUUUAGAGUUUUGGUUUCAAAUUUUACUGAAGAACAACUUGACCGUUACGAAAUGUACAGGCGUUCUGCAUUUCCUAAAGCCGCAAUUAAACGUUUAAUGCAAACAAUAACAGGAUGUUCUGUUUCUCAAAAUGUUGUUAUAGCUAUGGCAGGUAUUGCCAAAGUGUUUGUAGGAGAAGUCGUGGAAGAAGCUUUAGAUGUAAUGGAAGAACAAAACGAGACAGGCCCAUUGCAACCAAAACAUUUGAGAGAAGCAAUACGAAGAUUACGUCUUCAAGGGGCCAUUCCUAGUGGACGAGCAUAUUAUAGGUCACAUUUUCGGCUUUAACUAUCAUUUCGUCAAUUUAUAACUAAAAUAGAGGUAGCAAUAAACAUUUUUCGUAUUAAAGUAAUAA